CCAACAAAGUCGCCGGAGGUAGCCACGGUUCUUGCCGGAAGUUGCCCCGAAAAGUUAAAUGAAGAAAACAUUUCCUGUGCAAAUCAGCCCACUUCUUCAAACGGUUCGCGAUUUCGUUGAGACAAGAGCAGGGCCGCCACUUCCGGGAAAUCAAAGUCCAAAUCUCGGGCGCCUACAUCAUCCUCCGAGGAGCGCCUCUACUAUGGCGACGGGUCAUACCUUUGGUUUGAUUCCGAGGAGGAGCGCACCCGUUUCCUCACCUUUUUCUCUAAACGGGUUGUGGCUCCCCCACGGAUCAUCCCGGAGCGCUACCCGGAACUGCAGGGCUACGACGAACUUGACGCACAGCUUCAUCAAGCCGGCCUUUGGCCGUUUGUCUGGGGCGCGCAAGGAGAUAAACCCGGCGCUGAUCCGGACCUUCUACUCCAACCUCCGGCAUGAGGACGACGUGCUCUAUUCGCUUGUCAAGAGCACGCCGAUUGAGCUCACCGUGGAGCAGCUUGGGCGCAUCGCCAGCCUCCCCUUCCAAGGCGACGAUGUGUCUCACUAUGGCGGAGAGGACUGGGUGCUCAACAACGAGGGCCUUAUCCUCAACGAGCUUGGCAUCACCGAGCUCAUCCGCCAUGCCUCGGGCCGCCCCACCAUCCACUCCGCUAACCCCGAUGGCCGUCUUCUUCUCUACAUCGUCUCCCGGAUCAUCAAACCCAGGAAGCACGGCCACACCAUCAUGUCCGGUGAAGAUCUCAAGCUCAUCCAUGCGAUCAUGCACUCGGCCCCAAUCAAUUGGGCAAAGUUUGUCAUGAUCAACAUGACGAUUGCCGCGUCCACCGACCACGACCACCUCCUCCCGUACCCGUUCGUGGUGAUGGACAUCCUUGAACGGUUCAAGGUGACCACCACCGUUGGCCCACUCACAAAGGCCACGAAGAUUUGGGCGGAGGAGCGCACCCGUUUCCUCACCUUUUUCUCUAAACGGGUUGUGGCUCCCCCACGGAUCAUCCCGGAGCGCUACCCGGAGCUGCAGGGCUACGACGACCUUGACGCACAGCUUCAUCAAGCCGGCCUUUGGCCGUUCGUCUCCCGGGCGCGCAAGGAGAUCAACCCGGCGCUGAUCCGGGCCUUCUACUCCAACCUCCGGCGUGAGGACGACGUGCUCUACUCGCUUGUCAAGAGCACGCCGAUUGAGCUCACCGUGGAGCAGCUUGGGCGCAUCGCCGGCCUCCCCUUCCAAGGCGACGAUGUGUCUCACUAUGGCGGAGAGGACUGGGUGCUCAACAACGAGGGCCUUAUCCUCAACGAGCUUGGCAUCACCGAGCUCAUCCGCCAUGCCUCGGGCCGCCCCACCAUCCACUCCGCUAACCCCGAUGGCCGUCUUCUUCUCUACAUCGUCUCCCGGAUCAUCAAACCCAGGAAGCACGGCCACACCAUCAUGUCCGGUGAAGAUCUCAAGCUCAUCCAUGCGAUCAUGCACUCGGCCCCAAUCAAUUGGGCAAAGUUUGUCAUGAUCAACAUGACGAUUGCCGCGUCCACCGACCAUGACCACCUCCUCUCGUACCCGUUCGUGGUGAUGGACAUCCUUGAACGGUUCAAGGUGACCACCACCGUUGGCCCACUCACAAACGCCACGAAGAUUUGGGCGGUCAGCACCCAAACCUUCAAGAAGCGGUCGGACAACGCCGGACCUGCCACUGCCGUGCAACGGCGCCGUUCUGUUGCUGGCCCAGCCGAAGCCCAGGCCCGGGCCAACCUUGCCUCCAUCGCCGACUCCCUCAACCGGCUUCACUUCAAAUUUGACGGGAUGGAUGGCUACCUUGAGCGGCUCGACGAGGCUGUUCAACGCCAAGGGCACGCCAUGAACGCAUACUUCCAACGCGUUAACUACGUCCCCCCACCGUACCAUGGCACGUUCUUUGGACAAGUGUACGGUGACGAGGACGAAAAGGAUGGCUCCUACGCCCCGUCAAGCUCCCCGGACGAGGACGAGUUCGACGACACCGUUGACGGUGAUGAGAUGGACGUCGACGACGGCGAGGAGGAAACCGAAGACGAAGACUAGGCCGCCCCUAGAAUUUCUAUCUCUUUUGUUUUAAUUAUCCUAUCUCUUAAUGCUUCCGUUCUACUCCGCUAUUUCCCAUCUUCAAUAAAUAAAAAUAAUCUUUUAUCUUUUUGUUAAUGUCAAAAGGGGGAAGAAAAGGGCUAUGCGUAU